AGUUGAGUGAUAGUUGGGAUUGAGCGCGAUGGCGGGGGGAGAUGAGAUACGGCAUAUACAACAGGGUUAUCUGUCUGCAUCUAGCAAGAGCAAAACUCCGUUUUCAGAGAUUUUGAAUGGCAAUACUUCUCUGAGGCGCAAUUUUUUGUGUUCCACAAAAACCCUAAGCCGUGAUGUUAAGGAGAAUGAAGCGCUUGUUGCAGUCUCGGUGGUAUACGGGACAUACAAUGAAUGCAAUAAUGUGGGAAGGUUGUUUCAUGGUGGUGGCAAAUAUUACAAACUCCAAAUUUUAUGGAGUAACACUAAUCUCAUCCUUGUAUUGGUAGCACGACAGCAGAGGGCCUCUUCUUUUCCUCAAUGCACAACAAAAAGAGGCUCAGAAGGGACAUGAUGUGGACCGUGACUUUGAGGCUUUCAAUUUCAGGUUUGCUGCCUGAGCCUGGGGCUAAAAAUGCUGAGAUGGAACAGGGCGUACCUAAACUUUUCUCCCUGGGGCAUGUUCCCUUGUUACUGUUUGAAGGGGUGCCAGAGCGGGAAAUAGAAGGGGAGAUUGGUACGAGAUCCUUGGUGUUUAAAUGUUUAGGAAGGAGACCUUUCGGCAAUACUUCUCAAUGGAUUAAACCGCUCUAGAGCAACAUCGCAUUUCGUACUCUUUCUCUGCAUGAUAACGGCUUUUUCUUGGUCAAUUUUCAGUCUGUUAGAUUGUUACUGGGUGUGGAACAAUGGUCCAUGCUUCUAUGGCAAAUGUGGUAUUUUUGUUUUCCCUUGGUCUCCCUUUGUUGAUCCUGUUAUGGAUUCAAUUAUUAUGUCUUUAAUUUAGUUACAGUUGUAUAUUCUUCCUCUAGUUAUGAGGGAUAAAGGCCUGAUUAAGAAACUUGUUUGAAAAAAUGAGUGUUAUCCUCUAAUUUGAUGAGGAGCUACCUUAUACUCAAUCCAAAUUUGUGAGGGUUUUCGUAAUUGUGGACUUGCCCUAGUCAAUCUUUUACACCAUCAAUAUGUGCUUUUCUAGUGUCUCCAGAAUCCCGUUUAUCAAUUUCGAGCGGUUUCCUUUCGGAUGUUUUAGGUUUACUAAAAUGGGUCUCAAAUUGGCAGAGUGUUCUUCCAUGCUUCCCUUGGGCUCGUGUGUUUUCCAACCACAGAAAUGGAUUCCAAAAGUGGUUUCCCCUAAUGUUGAUAUUGUUAAACUAAACAUUUAGGUUCCCUGUUGCGCACCCUUUCUCUGUGUUGGCUGAGAGGGUAGAUUUGGAUAAGGGUGAAGACAAAUCCUCAUUCCAGUUCCUAUGGAUUUGUGGUUCUGUCUACUAUGGCCAACACAUAUUUUUCUGAAGGAGUCCGAGGCUGACGUUUAUUGCAAUAUCAUGUCAUGCAUUUUCAGAAUUUGGAAGAAGCUGCGGCACAAAAGAUCGUAGAAGAUUUCUCGGCCUCCAUUGAGAUUCUAUCUUCUUGGUCAUCUUGGAUUUCGUUUGGAAAACAAGAAAAUUGUAGAACCACAAUGAAACAUGGAGGAAGGAAGACUGAAGCCGAAAGGAGUUGCAUGGAAGGGGCCUGUGGAGCUUGCUGCUGUAGGGGUUUCCAUAGCGAUCGUUAAUCAGAUUUCAAAAGUAUUCAACUUUCCCUUGGUAAGUGUCACGACAUCUUUAGUGGCUGAAGAAGAUGCUACCACUGAAAUGGUUGUCCAGGGACCGUUAGACAUUGAAAAGUCUAUAAAGGAAUGCACAACCAAUCCAAUCAAUAUUGAAAAAGAUGUAGAAGAUGCUACAAAAGGGGUGGUUGUUGAGGGGUUAGAGAUUGCAAAGUCUAUAAAAGAAUGUCCAGCCAAUCCAACCAAUAAUGAAAAGGAUUCUCUAAUUUCUUGUCCUCCCAUAACUUCAGAGGCGGCCAACACAAUCAUAGAUUCCACAACUGCUACACUAUGUAUUGAAAAGAGACUUCUUCCAUCAGUUUCAUCAGCAUUGGUAAUUGGUGCAGUUCUUGGCAUUCUUCAAGCUUUGAUUAUGAUUGUUGCAGCAAAACCCAUCUUAAGCAUUAUGGGUGUACAUGCGAAAUCACCUAUGCGAUCUCCUGCAGAGAGGUAUUUAAAGUUGCGCGCAUUUGGUGCUCCAGCAGUAGUUAUAUCACUUGCAACACAAGGUGUAUUUCGAGGGUUUAAGGACACAAUGACUCCAUUGUAUGCAACAUUGGCAGCGGAUAUAUCUAACAUUGCCUUGGACCCAGUCCUUAUAUUUGUUCUUAAAUUCGGAGUCGGCGGUGCAGCAAUUGCUCAUGUUGUAUCCCAGUAUCUUAUGGCUUUAAUUCUUUUAUUUAGAUUGCACAAACAAGUUGUGCUUUUGCCACCUAAACUAUCUGACCUGCAAUUCGCUCGGUUCUUCAAAAGUGGUGGUUUACUACUUGCAAGAGUUACAGCUGUCACUGUUUGCACGACUUUAGCAGCCUCCAUGGCUGCACGACAAGGGGCAAUUUCGAUGGCAGCAUUUCAGAUUUGCAAUCAGAUUUGGUUGGCGACUUCUCUUCUUGCUGAUGCAUUGGCUCUUGCUGGACAGGCAAUCCUGGCAAGUGCUUUUGCAAUAGGUGACUAUGAGAAAGCAAGGAACGCCGCUGCUAGGACAUUACAGAUGGGGAUGGUUCUUGGAAUUUUUUUGGGUGUGGUCCUUUCUGGAGGCGUGCACAUUAUUUCGAGAUUGUUCUCCAACGAUAUACAUGUAUUGAAGAUGACCUACAUUGGGAUGCCAUUUGUUGCUGCUACUCAACCACUCAACUCUUUGGCAUUUGUUUUUGAUGGCAUUAAUUUUGGAGCUUCUGACUUUGCCUUUGCAGCAUAUUCAAUGGUCAUUGUGUCAAUGAUUACCAUUGGAUGCUUAUUGACACUUUCUGCGCACUGGGGCUUUGUCGGUGUAUGGAUUGCAUUGACAAUUAUGAUGACAUUACGAAUGUUAGCUGGUGUAUGGAGGAUAGGAACUGGUUCUGGACCUUGGAGGUUUCUCAGAACUUGGAAGGGUUCACCAUUAUAGACUUGGGGAAGUCGUCUCCCACUAUAGCCAGGACUGUUACAAUCAAGCGGUAAAAUUUCUGAAGCCUCUUGGUUGAUUACACAAGAAUAACCCAGUUUCAUUUGCACAAAGGAACAGGCUGGUCUUGAAGAUCGAUGUUGAUUCAGUCAGAAGGGUAGAGACCGGUUGAAUAAAAAGGCUACUUCGUUAUAUCUGAAUUCUUUUACAAAGAGGGCCUCCAAGAAUCUUGUAUUCUCAAGAUUUAUAAUACUUGUAUUAGGACCUGUGACUUCUCUGAUGUGAUGCAAUAAGAGAAGAAUAUGUUGAUAGAACUAGGGAUGUUGCGGCUUCUAACGUACAAGAGAUACUUGAGAAACGUAAACUAUAAACUCUCAUAUGGGUGCACGUACACCAUGUUUACAUAGGAUGAGCUCGUUGGUUCUGUGUUUCAUUCUAUCACUCGGUAAUUAAUUGUUGUAAUAUAUAUUUAUAAUGAGAAAAUUUGUAGAUUUAUUUAUAUGUUA